UCACGUUGGCGAACUGUGCAUUAUUGGCUUGUAUGACUUUUGAUUAUGUAAACUUGCUUUUCAUGGAUCAACCUUAUUUUAGACUAUACUCCUAAUCCUGUAACCAAACACAAAACUCUUAAUACAGCACAAAUUACUCGCGGGUGAUAACUACAAACAGAUAAAACAGUUUUGACUAGAAUAUUGUUAUAUCCCGCCAUAAAGUUCAUAAAUAAUAAGUAUAGCAGACUUCAUGAGUCUAACGAAAACCGUCGACCGAUGAUAUGAAGUAACGACAAGGGAGCGUUCAGUUUUUCACUUUAGUUAUAAGACCCUUAAGUAAUGAUAGUUUCCCAUAGGUGCGAUGAUGGUACCACGCCGAUUUGCCCUCCAUGGCUUUUGGAAGGUGGAAUUUCUCCAUCUUCUCCUCUUGGAGUCGUUAAUCAACAUUUCUAAUGCCUGGGUGGCUGACCGCUUCAAAGAUGGCUUCGGGCAUUUCUACAUAGUCAAUGGAUUUGCCAUGAGCAGUUUGGAUGCCUAUGAAACCAUAGUCGUCCAAAGUUUAUGUCUCUGUCGGAUACGAUGCCAGGUAGUACCGAAGUGUCACUCUGCCUCAGCAGUACCCAUAGGAGACGGUCAGGUGGAAUGUCGCCUUUCGCUGAAGCCAGCAGACCUGGCAGAUGUUGCUGGACGACCUGAACUUUACGGAGAGUCUGGUGCCUUCCACUUUCUGCAGACAAAUGCAAGUGCUUGGACCGCACCUGAAGUGGAUGGUUUAAUGUACACCACUCUGCUGAGUGCCUGGGGUGAUGGGAAACAAGCCUGCAAAGAUAUAACACCAUCUCACUCAUUUGCAAUAUGCAAUUCUAAUGAGCAAUUAGAAGUUAUGAAAAAAUAUGCGGAUCAAGGUGACCUGAACAUCUGGUUACGUUAUCGAGUUGAAGACGGCGAACCAGCCUUUGGUCCCGUGGCGUCUCCUAUUCCUUUCAGCGAAGCUGGCCUCGAUGCUGAAUACUUAUCUGAACUUGACCUCAAAGUAGAAUGUCUCAGAAUUAUUCUGAAGAAGUCUGGCGACUCUUACAAAUUCGUCUGCGGUGUUGAUAACGAACAGAGAACUACUCUCUGCCAGAGGAACCCACUGCACAUCAAUUGGUAACGGUGAAAAUCAAAUGGAGGGAUCUUACAAUGCAUCACUAGUCGCAUUAAAAUAAAAUCACAGCACUUUGUAGUACAAUGGUAACAAAGUAAUCGGAUGAAUUUAUCAGACUUGAGGCAGAUGUCUAAGAACAUUAUUGAAGUUACAAAAUACUACAAUAUGAAUGUAAUGAAAUAUAUUUUCAUAGGCCUAAAGUAGUACCAAAGAGUUCAGUUUUCCAGUUUCAUUGAAUUGAUUUGACAAACAAUCAUGAAAGCUUCUUCAACUUCAAGAACAACCAAAGCGAUAUCAGGGCAAGUUCUUUGCAGGUUUGGUGUUGCUUGUUUUUUGCCUUCAGUUUUGAAAGAGCUUGCACAUUCGAUUGAAGUUAUGGGUGGAGGGAUAAGAUUUUCAAGCAAGGCUUGAUGCUGCAAAUACCUGGGAUCCAGGAGCUAGUUUCCCGUUUGAAAAAAGGAAUGCUUUUUGAAAGCGAAAUAUUCUUAUAGCGGGUAACAAAGACAACUGCAGUUUCAUUGCAUGUCAAGAGAGAAAGUUGAAGUUGUUACAUGGAUUUAACAGUAUACGAUUGAUGUAAUCAUUAGUGAUUUGUCUGAAGUUAUUAGGAGAGAGAGAGAGAGAGCAUAAGACCUGCCUUGCACUUAUAUCAUUCAUGGAGUUCCGGUAGUCUCCCCUCAUGUAAAGGAUGGCUUGCUGUUGUUUUUAAAUAUGGCGGCAAAUCAGCUGAUAAUGACAGAGCUUUAAAAGGUAAAGUUUCAUUAAAGAGAAAAACACGAUAAGGAUAGCCUUACAAAAUUACAAUAGUAUGAAUUUAGAGAAGAUAAUUAUGUACCUUAAGAUUUUUUUUUUAAAUUCGUUGCCACUGACUGAUACAUGCUUUUGAGGAUGUAAAUUAUGAAAGAUGCAAUUAUUUAUCAAAUAAAUAAGCUGUUGAGAACAUUACCAAGCUUUAUAAAGGCAAAAUCUUCUUCUUGAAUCUUGUUUACUCUCAAGAAAUUCACAUACUCUUGAUGUAAAAUUCCUAAGAUGUUUACCCAUACAGUGCAGCACGAUCUAUAUGAAAGCUGGUGUAGCAAAAUGCUUCAAGAAACUUGUGUGGAAAUGGUGUUAGGGCCUGUAAUCUGUUGAUUUUUAAGCCAUCUUUGGCAUGAAGAGCCGGGAUAUCCAUACUCGCCUAAGUGACCGCACACUGUCUUAUGCGUCAUGACGAAUAAGAUUCGGCUUCUACGAAACAAAAGUGAAAUGAUGCGUAAUGAGGUUUGG